AUGUCCUCGUUGGUCACGGCUGGUUACGGCCACGUUGGUCAUGGACCACCAGAGUUCUCGUUGCUCAUGGCGAAUUUUUUGCCCGACCACCACUCCAUGGGUCACCACUCCAAAUCGGUCCCAAACUUGACAAAAUUGGAAAUCUUGAAAUUGGAUAGCAAUAGCUUGGAAGGUGUUUUUGAAGCAGGAAUACACAGGCUUCCUUCUAUCACAACCAUAGGCCUCAGUAGGAAUUCAAUCCACGGACGGAUACCUUCUCAGGUGGGAAAUGUUGCUAAUGCACAGUUUCUUAAUAUCGAUCUUUCUUGGAACCAUCUUUUUGGUGAAAUCCCUGAAUCUGUUUCACGUUUGCAUGGAAUUGAUUUGUCCUUCAAUAAUUUGGAGGGCCACAUUCCACCUGACGUGUGGCUUAGAUUUGGGAGAGAAUCGUUCCUUGGGAAUCUCAAUUUACAUCUUCCAACUACACCCACGAUUGAUGUGGAAAUUGUUUACCAUGUAUUCUUUGUGAUUUUCAUUUUAUGUGGAAUCUAUUUCAUAUUCUCCAAAAGAAGGGAAAAGAAAGCAGCAUCAGUCACACCUCAUCCCAAACAUGGAGACAUAUUCAAGAUUUGGAACUUCGAUGGCAACAUCGCCUAUCAAGACAUCAUUGAAGCAACACAAGACUUUGACUUCAGAUACUGCAUUGGAACUGGAGGCUAUGGGAGCGUCUACAGAGCCCAACUGCCCACCGGAAAAGUUGUUGCUGUUAAGAAGCUUCACAGAUUUGAAGGAGAUAAUCCUACUUUUGACUCCUCUUUUAGGAAUGAAGCCAAGGUUCUCUCUCAGAUUCGCCAUCGCCAUAUUGUCAAGCUUUUUGGUUUUUGUCUACACCAACGGAGCAUGUUUCUCAUCUACGACUACAUGGAUAGAGGAAGCCUGGAUCAGCGUCUCGUUGAGGUCCACCGGAUAUGCGCUGCUUUCGCUGCUCGUGUAAGCACCGGCUUCGGUGGUCCUCGUCCUCUUUGGCACAGUGGCAGAAUCCCGCCUUCACUUCUCGACUCCGCCGAGAAUAGGUUGACUUGCUUCUUCACCUGA